UUUUUUUUUUUUUACAAUGUUUAUUUUUCGUUAUUUUUAUUUAUUUUUACAUGCAAAGUAAGAUAUAUUGGCUGAUUCUCCCUCCCUUAUUUAGCUCAGCCGAGUAAAUUAGUUUUUCUGAUUAGCUUUUGUGCUGCCACGCUGAUUAGAGAUCGUGAAACACACUCUAUAACACGCCUAGAAGUUUCUGCUUAUACAUAAUAAUAUGUAGUAAAUAAAUGAAUAUAUCAAAAUAUUAUAAUUUCCCUGCAUUGAUGUAAAUGAUAUUUGAUUAUAUAAAUUCAUGGAACGUCAACUGCACAAAUUUAGUGAAUGUUUGAUAAAGUUGAACUCCUUGUUACGGCCCUGAUAUUCUGUACUUGGAUUACUGGUAUCAACCCAUGUUCUAGUUUUUAUGCCAAAUAAACCACAGUGCAAAAGUGGGUCGAAUGUAACAUGAUGUAGUUAGAAUUUUUGAAAUAUUUUCAAAUAGCGAGCGCUAGCGCUAUUUGAGCAUGUUCAUAAUAAAGGCAUAGCGUUGUCUCGUGAUAUACAAAAACAUACAUCGUUUUAUGAAUUAUUGUGGAGUUUUCAUAUGCAUCAACUUUUGAAGGGAGAAAAUUAUUUAAAGGGUUUUAUCGAUAAAUUCCCAGAAAUUGUCAUGUCAUUAGCCCUAACGAUAAGUGUAUGUACUGUAAUGAAAUUUACCUGGGCAUUAAAAAAAACCGGUUUUGAAGUCUACUUUCGUUUUAGACACGAUCGUUUAAAAACAUCCCAGACUUCUUGUUAAAUAUGCAGAUGAAAAAAUUGUCAAAUAAAGGAAGGAUGUGAGAAGUUCCUACAAAAGUGCAAGGAAAAUGAGCGAUAAAAGAGCUGGCGAAUCGAAGGAACAGAAGAAGAAGGACAAACAGGAAAGAAAAGAAAAGUUCAACGCAAAGAAAUUUGAAAUUAACAGCAUCAAGCAACGUCUGAAAGGCAUUUGCACUGUUUGCAGUCAAGAGUUGAAAAAAUGUAAAAAGCCAUCAAAAUUAGAAAAUGCGGACGAUGUGAUAAGGGCUAUUCUAGAAAUUGCAAAGGUCACAGAGUCUAAAUUCAAGGAAUUGAUUCUAAAGUCACGAGGUGAUAAUACAUUGGAUCAGGCGAAAAAUGAUGGACCUCCGGCCUGUCGUUAUAUGGGGGAUGGACAAGGAUCGAGACAAUCCGAAAUUGUAGAGGCCCAGGUACAUCCACGAGGAGGAACAACACACAGAGUAACAGAAGACAAGGACGAAGUGAACAAUCAGACCAACAGAGUGCAAGAUCACAGAAGUAAGCAAAACAGUGGAGAUAAGAGACAAAAUUUUGAACGGGGAAAAUCAGUCCCCUUGCCAGAUUAUCCAACAGGAGACAAUGAAAUUGAAAGUAGUAAACAAUACCACAAAACUGUUGCACCCACCAGAAAUGUGGACAUCGUAAAUCUUGAAAGAGAAGUUGAAAAACUUAAGAGAGAAAAUAAAGAAUUGUCAGAAGAAAGAGAAGAACGGAUGAAAGAAAUCAACAAGUUAAAGACAGAGUUACAGCAAAAACACGAGUUUAGCUUUGAAGAUAACAAGAUCAAUCCAAAAUCACGAGCUCCAGACACAAAGGAAACGACCAUAAAUAUAGAAAAACAAUCUAUGGGAAUGGAACACGGAGUCGCAAUGUUAAACAAAGGGAAUCAUGGCGAGGAGAAAACUACUGGCUGGAAAGAAGAUCAGAAAAUGUGGGAAGACACAUUGUGUCAGCCUGGUUCAGAGAUAUUGAAAUAUCAACGUCAGAUAAAUGAAUUAACUGUUGAUUUAAAGAAAGCUAGAUCACUAGCGAAGAAUAGAGAACUGAGUCUUCAGGAUUCAGAGGCUAAAUUACAAAACGAAUUACAAAGCAAAAGUACGCUCAAGUCCCAGAUGAAAAAACUUGAAUUUGAAAAGAAUGAAGCUCUCACAAGGCUUAGCGAACUGGCGGGGAGGCGACUUUUGGACAAUAAUCCUUCUAUUGCGGACCUAAGCACAGAGAUUCGGCCAACCAAAAUUGGUGAAAACUUCAAGCAACUUUAUGACAAUGAAUGGACAGAAGCAUUUGAAGAACUGACAGAGGAAGGAAAGACAGAAGAGGAAUGCAUUAAGAUCCUUUUACAGAUAGUGAAGGACACAUUCAAGUUUGCACAAGAUGAAGCAGAGAAAUUUGAAUCCAGGAUGAAAACAACAGUAACUACUUUUCCAGAAAAUUCCAAUAAGGAGCAACAUAUAAAAAGUACCAAAGACGAAGAGGAAUUAAUCAAACAACUGAAAAGGGUGUCUGCCGUCAGAACGAGUGCUGUUGUACAAGACAUGUAUAUUAGGAAAAUUGAAAAAGAGACAACUUUUCACGAGAGAUGUAAAAGUUACGUCAUAAAAUGCAUGGAGCUCUGCUGGUACAUGGCUGUCCAAUCCCCAGCUAUGGUCAUUUUUUGUGAUGGAGAAAAAUGGCAUCCGUUCGAUGAAAAAUAUUACGCGCGAUAUACAGCCACGGGAGACCUGGUUGAUUUUGUCGUCUGGCCAUGUACACUAUUGCAUGAAAAGGGCCCUAUUUUAUCUAAAGGGGUUGCUCAAGCAACGAAAGGAAAACCAGCUCCAGCUCCGCCAGAUGAAAGCAAAUCCUCAUAUGAGAGUCAUGUCAGCAGAAAGCAAUCUCAUAUAUCUACCAAUAGCUAUCAAAAGAAAGAAGUACACCGGAAAACAGAAACACGAACCCAAAGAAACUUCAGUAGGACAGAGGGCGGUCAAGGAGAUGGAACAAAUAAACAAUUACCUACUGAUAGAGGGACAAAAAGUUUUUAUGGUGCACCAGUCACACAUUCCGAAACUCUGAAAAGAGACCCACCACAAAGUCAGUCUUUUAAGGAGAAGGCGACGUCCAGUGAGAAGCAUGCGCAUGUGAGCAAAGUGAAUGUAACUAAAAUGUAAACACGGACAAACGAUAACUGUAGCCUGGUGACCGUUAAUAAACAGAUUUAUUUUGUAUCGUGUAUAUCAACAUAUUUCUGCAUAUAAGUUGGUCGUGAUGUUAAAUUUCAAUUUGAGUGGAUUUUCUUAUAAUGAUUGUGUUCAUUUCUUUUAAUCAUAAACAACAGACAUUUUAGAUUAUUUGUAAAACGAAAAAAAAAAAAAAAAUGUACAAACUGUAUUUAAGAAAAGUUUAACUUGGGAACUUAAGUUCGUCAUGCUACUAUAUAUAUGUAUUAUAAACUUGUCCAUUAUAAUCAACACAAUCCAGGAUUUUAUAUAUCUGUAUAUGAUUUUUGAAAUGAAUUUGAAUAAUAUCCAAACCUUAAUUAAAGGCUCAUAAACUGAU